CAAUCGUCUUAAUCGAGGGUACAUAUAGGCUGUAGCCCUCGGAGUCUCCUACAGCAUCUUGCCUUUACCGCCUCGACUGCCAGCUCAGAGCAGACACUGGAUUCUCCACUGAGAACAUCUCUCGCACUAGCUCUGAAUCUCACGCACAAACAAACCAACAGAAUGAAGGUUAUCAUUUUUACAUUUUGCCUGCUUGGAGCAGUUGUUGCCAACCCAAUUUUACACAGUGUCGUUUUGGUGUCAAAUGAGCUCGAUUCAAACUCGACUGAAAGUUUGUCUGUUUCACAAUCGUCUGAAAAUGACACCUCGGAGGUGCAGAGCUCUGAGGAGACCACCUCAAAUCAAAGUUCAGAAUCAGAGUCAUUAGAAUCCACGUCUGAGGACAAGACAUCAGAGGAGAGCUCCAGUGAGUCUGAUGAGGAUGAUGAGGCCGACUCCAUGGCUGAAACCAAAGAUAACAGCAUGGGCAGUGAGGAGAAUAUUCGAAAGAACUGGGUGUUUGCCAGCGUGGCCAAAGCGCUGAGCGCAGAGGACAACAGCAGCACAGAGGUCACAAGUCCGUCAGAACAGAGCGACGAGCUGACUGAGAAUCAGCCCACUCAGUCCUCCACCAGCACGGUCACCGUUCAGAGCCACGGAAACCUGUCGCCCCUGGAGAACCCCGCCGGCAGCAGCGACUCCACCAGCGACAGCGCAGACACCAGUGACAUUACUGACGUGACGGCUGCCACCAGCGACAGCAAUGAGAGCAGCAGCAGCGAGAGCCACGAGAGCAAAGACACCAGCGACAGCAGUGACAGCAGCGAUGCCAGCAAGAGCACAGAGGACAGUGACGCCAGCGACAGCGCCGAGCUGCAGCAAGUCAAAGCCAAAGACUGUGUGAACGGCACCCAGAGCUGCGAAAGCGAGGAGUAUUUCUUCCAGAAUGUAGGAGAUGAUGGACAUUUCGCAGUGGACAAUCUGAUGGUGCCGGAGGAGGAUGAAAGGGAGCUAAGUCUAAGAAGAUGAUGGCGUGCACAUGUGCAGCUUCAUGCUUAUGAACUUCAGCAGCACCAAUAAAUGACCAGCCUGGGGACUUCAGGACAGACACAUUUGCUUUUGCCCAUCGCUUCUGAAUGUUGAAUUUUUGUCAUUAUGCUACCUGCAGCUGAUUGAUUUUAUGGUGUGAAAACUCAUGUGGUGAUAUAACCUUUGCAUUUAAUUAGUUUUGAUAAUAAUAAACAAAUUAUGUAACUGUGA